AUACUUUCUCUUCGGGAGCUACGAUGUAUACUUACUAUUAUGUACUUGUCAGUUUGAAAUGGACCGUUGGCAAGGUAAGGUUGCUGUAGUUACUGGUGCAAGUUGUGGAAUUGGCGAAGCAAUCUCCAGAGACCUUCACCGGGAGGGAAUGAUUGUUGUGGCGUUGGCUCGUCGUAAAAAUCGUUUAGAGGACAUUCGCAAUAGUAUACCUUCUGAAGAAAGAUCCCGAUUUUAUAUCAAAUGUUGUGAUGUUCAAGACGAAGAACAAGUUAAGGCAGCUUUUGCUUUUGUAGAAAGUGAAUUGGGAGGUGUUGACGUUCUUGUGAAUAAUGCUGGAAUUGUGAAAUCGACAGAGUUAUUGAAACCAGACAAUACAGAGGAUAUAAAGUCAACUCUAAAUACAAAUGUGUUGGGAGUAGUUUUCUGCACAAGAGAAGCUUUUCGAUCGAUGAAGGAAAGAGGAGGCGAUGGACAUGUUGUACUCAUAAAUAGCACUGCUGGUCAUAUUACUCCGAAUAUACCCUCUCUACCCUCUUUGAAUAUUUAUCCUGCUACAAAACAUGCAGUUACUUCCAUGACUGAGGUUUACAGACAGGAAUUCAUCAGACAUGGAACAAAAAUUCGUAUAACGAGUAUAAGUCCUGGCGUUGUGGAUACCGAGAUUUUUCCGGAACAUCUUAUUGAUAUGAUACGAGCCAACAUGCCAAUGUUGUCUGCUAAGGAUGUAUCGAGUUCUGUAAUAUAUGCAAUUUCAGCACCGCCACAUGUGCAGGUUCACGAGAUCAUUCUGAAACCAAACGGUGAAAAGUUUUGAUAAUUAUAUUUUAUAAUUACAUUAUGUUUAUUUAAAAUAAAAAUAGAAACAAUAAGUAUAAAUUAUUGUGAGGCCAAUAAAGUUAAAGUAAAGUGGAUUAAAACAAAAAUUGAUUA